GUUAUCUAUUCCAUGGUUCCACUACACACGCUAAACAGGGUAUUGAUACCCGGUUAGCUGGUGUGGACCGUGUGGUCGUCACUGGUCGAUAAGCUAGACCCACAUGCCCAUCUACCCCAGCUCGUGCUACUACGGUGCUAGAGGCUGAACCCACAUCUUCCCGGAUACCUUUGAACUUUGUGUAUUAAAUCUCUAAUAACCUCUAAAACCUCCCCGCAGACUUUUAGAACUUCACCUUGGUACUAUGGAUGAUAUCGACUAUUUCCUCAUAGUAGCUAUUGCGGGCUAUCUAUCUAUCUAAACUCACCUAUCCAGUUACAAUCUAUAAUUCAUAUAAUUGCUGCCUUCUAUACACUUAUCUCCAUCGAUUGCUUCAGAACCAGCCUUGCCCAGCGCGCGGUUGCGCAAUCUCCAAUGAACCACCAUGACAUCGUCAUCGUCCAAUCAUGACAUCGAGAUGAACAUCUUCCCCGUCAAGGAGGGUUCUCUCGCGCCGGGUAGUAGCUACACGAUGCGCGAGCCUCGAUAUGAUGAGACGGCACCACCACGAUUUUUUGAUCGCUUGAUCGACGGGUUCAGGCGUGACCCCGCUCAGCACAUCACUCCCGAAGACUCUCUUCGCGAACUCCACUCUAUGGAGGCUUCCCAUUUAUACCGGCCCAUGCUAGGGAGGAGGAGCUCACAGGCUCACUACUACGACGUACGACUAGCCAAUCUGCAAACCGCACAGUCCCACCUUGCCAGGAAGUUGAAAGGCCGACAUCUGCAGAUGAUCGCUAUAGGCGGUUCCAUAGGGACGGGCUUGUUUGUUGCUUCUGGCCGUGCUCUCCAAAUUGGUGGCCCUGCCUCGCUGCUCAUCGCCUAUCUCUUCAUUGGUGCCAUGUUGUAUUUCACCGUUCAAGCCCUCGGUGAACUCGCCGUCUCCUUUCCCGUAGCAGGGUCCUUUUCUGCAUAUUCUACUCGCUUCUUAGAUCCCUCGUGGGGUUUUGCAAUGGGCUGGAAUUACGCUUUGCAAUGGCUGGUGACAUUGCCACUCGAAAUAAUUGCGGCAUCUAUAACCAUAACAUACUGGAACCCAGAUCUUAACAAGGCCAUAUUCGUAACUAUAUUCUUAAUUGCUGUAGUUGCCAUAAAUCUAUUCGGCGUCAAGGGCUAUGGCGAGGCCGAAUUUGUCUUCGCUAUCAUCAAGGUUAUUGCUGUGAUUGGUUUUAUCCUACUAGGGAUUGUUUUGAAUAUUGGAGGUGUCCCUGGUGGCGGAUAUAUCGGAGGCCUUUACUGGCGGGAGCCGGGUGCCUUUCAUAAUGGCUUUAAAGGUCUUUGCAGCGUCUUUGUUACGGCUGCCUUUGCCUUCGCUGGGACAGAGCUGGUUGGCCUCGCCGCAGCCGAAACGGCGAACCCGCGAAAAUCCCUUCCUACGGCCAUCAAGCAGGUGUUCUGGAGAAUUACUUUAUUCUACAUCGUGGCGCUCUCUCUCAUCGGACUCCUUGUACCGUACGAUGACCCUCGUUUGCUUCUUCCCGGUUCCGCGUCCGCAGCAGCGUCCCCUUUCGUCAUCGCCAUAGAAAAUGCUGGCAUCGAAGUGCUACCAUCUGUUAUGAACGUCGUCAUAUUGAUCGCUGUCCUCUCUGUCGGAAACUCUUCUGUCUUCGGUUCUUCACGAACCCUUGCUGCGCUAGCUGACCAGAACCAAGCACCCAGAAUCUUAUCCUAUGUCGACCGCCGCGGACGACCCUUGGUUUCUAUCAUAGUCGCAUCCUCCAUGGGUCUCCUAGCAUAUCUUGCUGAUCUAAAUAAACAAGGUAUUGUACUAGAUUGGCUUGUCGCUAUAUCCGGAUUAUCUUCUGUCUUCACUUGGGCAUCCAUCUGUCUGGCACAUAUUCGCUUUCGCCAGGCCUGGGCACAUAAAGGGCACAGCCUGCGCGAACUGGCCUUCAAGUCUCAGUGCGGCGUACUCGGCUCUUACCUGGGCUUCCUUUUCAACGUCCUGGUGUUGAUAGCUCAAUUUUGGGUUGGCGCAUGGCCCGUGGACUGGGGGGACCAGUCAGCCAGCGAAAUGACUAAGAACUUCUUUCUCCAGUAUUCUGCCGUCCCCGUCGUCGUGAUAUUCUACGUUGCGCACCGUCUCUACACUAGGGCGUCCUAUAUCCGAGUCGCCGACAUGGAUAUAGAUACUGGACGUCGAGACUUCAAUCUACCAAUCCUCCUCGCGCACGAGGCCGAGGAGAUGAGGGGUUGGCCUAAGUGGAAGAGAUUCUACAGGUUCUUUUGUUGAUAUAAUUAAUUAAUGCUUGGAAAUCUACGUCUUAGUACGGCUAGUAAAGAGCUGGCAUAGCUACUUGGUCGCUAUCUUAGAGGUGUAUUCUAGAGUUUUCUUAUGAUUAUGGGCAUCAUGAAAAAGCAGAUUCGGUACAGCUUGAGACUACCUAGUACUUUGAAGGGGGUGCUCCGGCGUUUGGUAAUCAAUAUUUGUAUCAUACCAACAGGAUAGGUGCUUGAUGUCCACGAAAGGGGAGCGAGGCGUUUGGUUUUUAUUGUGUCUACGAUGCAAAAAGAGCAUUUCUAUUCCCUGGUGCGGUCACAAAACCUUUACAUUACCGAGUGAUGUAACCAACACUAUAUCGUGAUCGAUGAUUCUACC